AGUCAACACGCCGGGUACGUCAUAUCCGGCCUUCUUUAACGUCGUGUCAAAGCUAGCAGGAUGCCAUGCCACAAUCAGCAGCUGAACAAUGUGAGCAGUGGCCAGGAGCACCCAAUGAAGCAAGUUCGGUUUGCAAACAGUAACAGCAGCGUGCCUGCAGUAGUAUCCAACUCCGAACCAAGUGAUGCCACAACACAGCCUGACAGCCAGGACAACCUGGGACCCCAGCUUAAGCUGCUUCCUCUGAAUGACCAGAUCCGUGAAUUACAGACAAUAAUCAGAGACAAGACAACCAGCAGAGGAGAUUUUGUGUUUUGUGCGGACCGACUGAUCAGGCUUGUAGUUGAAGAGGGCUUGAACCAGCUCCCCUACUCUGAGUGCACAGUGACCACACCGACAGGGUACAAGUAUGAGGGUGUCAAGUUUGAAAGAGGCAACUGUGGAGUCAGCAUUAUGAGGAGUGGCGAAGCCAUGGAGCAGGGUCUCCGUGAUUGCUGCCGCUCUAUCCGCAUUGGCAAGAUCCUCAUACAGAGUGACGAAGAGACGCAGAAAGCCAAGGUCUACUAUGCCAAGUUCCCCCCAGAUGUGUAUAGAAGAAAAGUGCUGCUCAUGUACCCCAUUCUCAGUACAGGGAACACCGUGAUUGAGGCUGUGAGGGUGCUGAAAGAGCACAGGGUCCAACCCAAACAUAUUAUCCUACUCAGCCUCUUCUCCACACCUCAUGGAGCAAAAUCUAUAAUCCAGGAGUUCCCAGAUAUCACAAUUCUGACCACAGAAGUCCACCCGGUGGCUCCAACACAUUUCGGACAGAGGUACUUUGGCACCGACUAAAUGGAGGACAACCCGAGGAACAUGAUCUGCAAAUAGUUUUGGUUUUUAAUAUAUUUUGCAAUGUAUUUGUCAUGUUCUCCUCAUUGUGCGAAGUACUGCUUCUCAUUUACAAAGUUCAAAAACUGAUAUCAAAUUAAUCAAAUGUAUAUAUUAUUCUAUGCUGUGUAUAGUCAUACUAUAAAAAGACUACACAGAACCAUGUAAAGAGUUCAACUUGGAUCAUUUUAUUCUGCAUGUUACAACAUCUGCUGGAUCAAUAAAGAAUAUUUGUUUACAAAGAACAGCAAA